AUGGCGAAACGGCAAUUCGAUGACAGUGCGCUUUUGCCGCGAAAAAAGGCCAAGCUGCACGCUAUUCAUGAUGACGAUAAUCCCAACACUCAAGGUUUACAUUCACCGUCCCCCCCGCCGUUGACGUUAGCGGGCUUCGAGCGGCGCGAAAAACGAAAAAGAUCACUAGAUUUGCAACCUGACACAUCCGAGGAACCAAAAGCAAAACAGGCUCGUAGAAGCCAAAGCCCUGAAGAGUCAUCAGAUACGCACUCAAUACAGUUCGAGCUCCUCGACACCGAUGAAGACGAGGACAACCACCCCAAAUCGGAUCCUUGGCGAGAGUUUUGUAUACAAUCCACAAGAGAAGCCGAGGAAUACCUCAGCACGGUCAGAAUCUGCAGAUGCCGCAACCACCAAACCCGACUACUAAGCCCAAGUCUUUCCAAUGAAGACACGACCGAUGAGGACGUGGCCGAUGAAGGUGCGACCGGAAGCAACCAACUGGGAUUCCCAACUAUUCAUCCAAGUGCAACAGAAUGCAUCAACUAUCCCCGACCUAUCGCGCGAAAGCAGCCCCACGCUUCCCGUACUCUCAGAAAACGCGAUACGACAACACCUCAAAGGAAACGGCGGCAGCCUCUCAAAAAGGAUAAAGAAGAGAGCAAGCAGAACAAGUCACGAGAUAAAGCUAUCGAGGCAUUUUUGAGUUCAAAGCGAUCAUCUAGGCGGAGCCGUGAUUGCACGUUGUGGCAAUUAGGCGACGACGGUAUGGCGUGCACAAUAUCGAUAGCGAGGUGA